UACGACACCAACGCUGGUGAAGUCUCCCUGAGCUCCUGCAGCCCUUCAACCUCCCGGCAGAACAAUGAGACGCCAUCCUGCUCCGUCAAGACCAACAGAGAAAAAUUUGAGGCCAAGUACCUGCAGCUUCUCAAGCUCGGAGAAGGCGGCCAAGGAACGGUUUAUGCUGGAGAAAGAAAAACUGACAACUUACCAGUGGCGAUCAAACGCAUCCCUAAAGCUGCUGUGAAGACUGGACCAGUGGUUAUAAAUGGAAAGACGCACAUGGUGCCAUUGGAGGGGCUUCUCAUGGUGAGAGUGGCAGGUGGAGCGGGGUCACUGGGGAAACAUGCUGCCGUGUCAUUAUUAGACUGGUAUGAUCUGGGCCCAGAGGUCCUGCUUGUCAUGGAGAGACCAGUCCCCUGUGAGGACCUGCAGACCUACCUCGAUAAGAAUUUGUUCCUGAGGGAAGACCAGGCAAAGAACAUCAUGAAGCAGCUGGUGGAAGCAGCAAUUAAGAUGCACUCUCUUGGAGUCUUCCAUCGGGACAUUAAAGCAGAAAAUGUCCUCGUUGAUUUUAGCUCGGAUGUCCCUCGUGUGGGAAUCAUAGACUUUGGAAGUGCUUGCUUGGUGACGGAGAUACCGCACAACUCCUUCUGUGGAACCCCUUCCUACGUCCCUCCAGAGUUUUUCCGGCUUGGCACAUACGAGGCGGGCCCCAGCACAGUCUGGCAGCUGGGCGCUCUGCUCUAUGAACUGGUGGACAGCUAUUUCACCACAAGAAAAUUCCUUCGCAAGAAAAUUACUAUAAACACUAUGCUGUCCAAAGACUGCCAGGACUUGUUGAAGGUGUGUUUGGCUGUGAACCCUCAGGAGCGUGGCACUCUGGAGCAGAUUCUGCUGCACCCCUGGUUCUCCUAAUCCUGCACAACCGACCACCCAUUGGGCUGAGCCAACUGACUCCAAUGAACUCCAUCCUUUGGUCUUAUAGUCUAGACGGAAUUGUCCAAAAAGUG